GGCUUUACUGGCGAAGAAGAAUUACUUCCUGUUUCCGCUGAACGCAAGCUUGUUGAUUAUGUCUUGUUGUUAGCCGGUUAGCUAGCUAGCCAAUUUUUAUACUUUCACAGAAUAUUUGCUUUAAAUAGACACAAACAGACGCGUGGAUUCACCAAAAAGCACACGUCAUCAUGGCAGCUGGUGCCGAUGUGAGAGAUAUUCUGGAGUUGGCGGGAGGGGACAAUGAUGGUCCGAUCAGUAAGAAGGAUUUCAUCAACUCCGAGAAGAAAAAGGCCAAGAAAACAACUGAAACGUUGACCUUCAAGAGACCAGAGGGGAUGCACAGAGAGGUGUACGCCCUGCUCUACUCAGACAAGAACAGAGAUGCUCCCCCCCUGCUGCCCAGUGACACUACUCAGGGCUACCGGACAGUGAAGGCCAAGUUGGGCUGUAAGCGUGUGCGACCCUGGAAAUGGAUGCCCUUCACCAACCCAGCCCGCCGAGACGGAGCCGUCUUCCACCACUGGAGACGCAUGGCAGAGGAAGGCAAGGACUACCCCUUCGCCCGCUUCAACAAGGCAGUGCAGGUGCCAGUGUACUCGGAGCAGGAGUACCAGAUGUAUCUCCAUGAUGACGGCUGGACCAAGGCGGAGACGGACCACCUGUUUGACCUGUGCAAGCGCUUUGACCUGCGUUUCAUCGUCGUCCACGACCGCUACGACCAUCAGCAAUACAGAAAACGGUCAACGGAGGACCUGAAGGAACGUUACUACAACAUUUGCGGUAAGCUGACCAAGGUCCGCGCUGCAACAGGGACAGAGCCCAAGAUGUACGUAUUUGACGCUGGUCACGAGAGGCGCAGGAAAGAGCAGCUGGAGAGAUUAUUCAACCGCACGCCUGAUCAGGUGGCAGAAGAGGAGUAUCUGAUGCAGGAGCUACGGAAGAUGGAGAGCAGGAAGAAGGAUCGUGAGAAGAAGGCCCAGGACCUGCAGAAGCUCAUCACAGCAGCAGACACCAACACAGAGAUGAGACGUGCCGAGCGCAAGGCUACCAAGAAGAAGCUCCCGCUGAAACGAGAGAUGGAGAAACCGACUGUUCCUGAGACGGCAGGAAUCAAAUUCCCUGACUUCAAAUCAGCUGGAGUCACGCUGCGCAGCCAGAGGAUGAAGCUGCCAAGCUCGGUAGGCCAGAAGAAGAUCAAGGCCAUUGACCAGAUCCUGACAGAGAGGGAAGUGGACCUGAACCCCAUGCCCACAGAGGAGAUAGUCCAGAUGUUCAACGAGUUGCGCAGUGACCUGGUGCUGGUCUAUGAGCUGAAGCAGGCCCACGGUAACUGUGAGUACGAACAACAGAUGCUACGCCACCGCUACGAGGCCCUGCUGAAGGCUGGAGGAGGAGGGGUCCCCGUCGGGCCCCCAGGAGGAGGAGGACUAGAGGCCCCUGGGGGCCCCGAGGUGCCCGCCUGGCCCGGCCCAGACGACAUCAAGGGCGAGGCCAAGGAGCAGAUCAUCGAUGUGGUGGGAGCUCCGCUCACCCCCAACUCACGUAAACGCAGAGAAUCCGCAUCCAGCUCCUCGUCCAUCAAGAAGGUGAAGAAGCCGUAACGUCAAGCCCUGGUGUUUUAUGGGACUGUGGAGGAGAGGAGAGUGGAUGAGGUCACAGCCACCCUGGCCUCGGUUGAGCGGCCCACAGAACAGAAUGCUGGAGAUGGGGGGUGGGAGAGUCAUCCAUCACAUCCACCCCUCUGACAAAUAACAAACAACCAGGCCUCGUCCCCCCCCCUCCAUCACACACACCUCUAAAUACGACUGAUACACAGGAAUAAUACCCCCCACCAACACCACCACAUUCCCUUUACAGCCAAUGGACCCCCCCCCCACCAGCCUAUCAUGGCAGAGACAACGGCUGACAUCCCAUUUCAUUACUCCUCUCCCUCCUUCGCCCAGGCCGAGAUGAGGCCAGAUAAACUGUAAAUAGCCAGAGUGAGCUAAUUGAGCCAUGCGGAGAGAAACGCCUAUUUGAGAUUGGGGCAGGGGGGUGGGACCUCUGGCCACUGUCUUUUUGUUUCUCAUCUUGCCGUUUUGUUUCCUGGGCUGUGUAGUUUUGUGUCUUACCUCUUAGUUGGCGGCUCGCCCUGUCAUUGCGGUGAAAGUGACACUUCCUUACUCAGAUGAGUCAAAAGAUUUAGCUUGUGGGAGAGUUUGAACAGGCUAAGAUGGACUGUUGUGCUCACUGUCUGAAAAGAGAGGAAAGCAAUCUGCUCCAUUACCCAUUCAAUAAACAUCUUUGUUUUUUCAAA